GCUGUGCCUGCGCCUCGAAAGACGUCAACCAACCUGUAUCAACUCCCCAGGCCUGCGUGGCCACCAAAUCUUCUUCCUGACCUUCUUUUAAGUCUAGUUGUUGCCUAAUACUGUACCGAGCACCAUACUCGACUCUAUUCGAUUAUGAACCGACCCUGACACAAUCCCUUACAGAAAAUCGUCGAGGAAUGUCCGACAAUGUCUCCAAAUUCGCAACCCGCGUCGCGACCCUCGACGGCACCUCCAGAGACCCUUACGAUCACGAAAUAUCCUUGAUCGACUCUACCGGGCCCACAGAUCAAGAUGCACCUCAACCGAGCUCAGUGAGUGCGACUUCCAGCAAGCUCUCAAGAAUACCAAGCAGGACUGCAGUCCGAGAGCAUCUUGCUCGGAGGAAGUAUGCGAAGUGGCAACAGCGUCAGCUCAGCACGACAGGAGAUAGUGUCGACACCACAGAGACACCAGAGUCAAGACCUAACACCGUAGAUGAGGACGAACGAGAACAUGGCCAGGCAACGGAAACUGUUGACUUCGCACACAAUGAGCCGACGGACCUAGGGCAAAAGAGCGCAGAGAAGAGGAGGCGAGAGUCUAAGUGGCUCAAGCACCAGGUUCAUGAGAUUGACAUCCUCUACGAGAAUCAGCGCGGUUCCUUCUUCUGUGGCAUUCCCCUAUACUCGCAUUCCUCCCUGCUCCCUACCGAUCCAGGUCCAUGGGUGAACAAGGACUUUCAUGAUUCACCUGUAAACAUCACCAACGCGCAGGUCCCGGACCCCAGCUGGGAGUGGGCUUGGAAGACAUGGUAUGUCGACAUGAGCUACGAUGUUGACGAAGAAGGUUGGCAGUACUCGUUCACCUUUGGGCGCAGCUUCUCCUGGCACGGUACACACCCUUGGUUUCAUUCCUUUGUCCGGCGAAGACGAUGGUUGAGGAAACGAGUUAAGAAGGAUGACAUGUUGGGCCGCGACAAACCCGGAAGCUUGGGUGCUGCUCAUCAUCUGACCGGUGACUACUUCACAAUUCAUUCCAAACGCGACCGUAGUCCGGUCAGUGCUGUUGACGGCGCCGGUAAAACCGCUAGACCUGCUAGUUACAUGAGCUAUCCAAGCACAAUCGAUGUGGAACAGCCUCCCGAAGAUGUCAAAGACAUCGCCAGUCUGCUGAAAGCCCUGAGGUUUGCCACAGUCGACCGGGAGAAGAUUGAGGUCGUGAAAAGAUUUGUCACUCAGGCAGGGGAUGAGCUGUAUUAUCUCAGGGACCAUAUUCCGGACAUCAUGUCAUUCCUGGUUUUUCAGAACUCAAGGACGCAGCUGCUUGCAUAUCUUAAGAAGUCUGCCGAUGAAGCGCGCCGCCACCGGCAGACCCAUGAGGACGAACAGAAACCAGAAGGGGCUGCAGAGAGUCGCAGGAUUGACAAUCUUAUGGCGGCUGUUGAUUCUGCAAAUGCUCAGAUAGUUGGACUUGAAUUCUGGAGUGACAGAAAACAUGUCCUCAAGACCGCCGACGACGCGGCGCUUGAGACCCGAGCCAUUGCAACCAUUUUCGACGAACCAGCUCCCAAGCCGAAGGUGGACGAAGAUCCUGUCAAAGAAAUUAAAGGUAUUUCAGACAAAGCGGAUCUCAAUGGAGAGAAGACAGCUUCGAUGUUUCGACCCCAGGUGCCAGAUGAGCCAAAAGAGGAGCUGGAAGGGAAAAAGGACAAAGGGAAGGGCAGAGCAACGGAUCGCGAUAGUGAGGACGAUCAAGUUGAGGCAGAUUCCAAUUCUACCCCAAGACUUCGGCCAGAUGAGGUUCUGGUUCCCGACGACGAGGAUUAGGAGACUGCUCCGCCGGGAAAUGGAUGUACUGUUUGUUAGCGCAGGCGUUGGUUGGCAUUUGUUAUUCAUCAGCAGGAGCAUUGAUUAUGAGAUAGCGGCUUACGUGCCACAGUACUCGUAACUUGUUAUUGACGAGGCUGGGAAAAUCAAUUUAACCCAUUGGGACUAGUGUGGGCGCGACCGCGUCAAAAACGCGUUUUCU